AUGACAACUGUCUUCAAGUUGGCAGAUAAAGUAGCUGCAUUUAAAGCCAAACUGGAUUUGUGGGGACGGCGCGUGAACAGAGGUAUAUUUGACAUGUUUCAAACAUUCGCGGGGAUUUUGGAAGAGACUGAGACCGAGCCUUCUUUCUCCCAGCUGGUGCACGAUCACCGGUCUUUGCUUUUAAAAGUGUUUGAGCGCUACUUCCCAACCACAAAAGACCCAGGGACUGCCAAGGAAUGGAUCCGCGACCCAUUUGUCAACCUUAAAAAUGGGACCGUCUCGUUGCAGAGAAACAAGCUCAGGGCUCCCACUGAUUUAGCGUUAUGUCUGGCAUUCUGCAGUUAUGUCAACAAAGAAGGGAAAAUGAUUGAAAUGUUUCACUUGGUGAAAACCAUUGUCACAAAGAUCGACGGGGACAAAGUGAUCAUCUCGGGUUCUGCUGAUGCUCAACAGAAGGCCAGAGAGAUGAUUGAGGAGUUGCUAGCAGAGAAGUCCUCAGGUUUCUCCAAUGGUUCUGUGAGGGAUGGGAGCAACUCGGUCUGGUCUACAGCACAACGCCAAACUGCUCUAGAUUUCCCAGCCCCUGCACCCAUAGACUGGACCAAAGUACGGGAGGACAGGAAGAAGUAUAAAGAGUUGAAAUGGAAGGAUCUCCCACCUAUGAAGAAGAAGUUCUACACUGAGGCGGAGAGUGUUGCAAAGCUAACCCCAGAUGAAGUCCAGAAAUGGAGGAAGGAGAACAACAAUAUCUUUGUGGAUGACAUGAUGGACGGGGCGAAGCGGCCCAUUCCCAAUCCCUGGUUUACCUUCCUGGAAGCCUUCCAGCUCUAUCCUGAUAUCAUGGAAAAUAUCAACCGGGUUGGUUUCAGCAAACCAACCCCCAUCCAGUCUCAGGCGUGGCCAGUAUUGAUGAGUGGAGAGGAUCUGAUAGGCAUUGCCCAGACAGGCACAGGAAAGACCCUGGCCUACCUGCUACCAGGAAUCAUUCACAUGGACGGGCAGCCUGUACUCAGGGAAGAGCGUGGUGGUCCAGGGAUGUUGGUGCUGACUCCAACCAGAGAACUGGCCCUGCAGAUUGAAGCUGAGUGCAACAAGUACACCUUCAAGAAUUUUAAGAGUGUCUGUGUCUAUGGCGGUGGUGACAGGAGAAAUCAAAUCCAAGUGGUGAGGGCCGGGGUGGACAUUGUGAUUGCAACGCCAGGGCGUCUAAAUGAUCUACAGAUGAAUGAGCUCAUCAACCUCCGCUCCAUCACCUAUUUGGUGUUGGACGAGGCAGACCGCAUGCUGGACAUGGGCUUUGAGCCACAGAUUAUGAAGAUUCUGCUGGACAUUCGCCCAGACAGACAGACUGUCAUGACCAGUGCUACCUGGCCGACUGGUGUGAGAAGACUGGCAAAAUCCUACCUAAGCAAUCCUAUGAUGGUGUACGUGGGCACCCUGGAUUUAGCAGCGGUAGACACAGUGCAACAGCUGGUGCGGGUAGUCAGUGAAGAAGAGAAAAAGUUCCACGUCUUUGGCUUCAUCCGCAACAUGUUGCCCCAGGAUAAAGUGCUCAUCUUUGUCGGCAGGAAAUUAGUGGCUGAUGACCUGGCAAGUGACCUUUCCCUGCAAGGUAUAGCGGUGCAGUGUCUUCAUGGUGGCCAUGAGCAGUGUGACCGUGAGGGGGCCCUGAGGGACUUCAAAGAGGGUCGUGUGCGUAUCCUUGUAGCUACAGACUUGGCAUCUCGGGGCCUGGAUGUCCAUGACAUCACACAUGUCUUCAAUUACGACUUCCCUCGAAACAUUGAGGAAUAUGUGCACCGCGUGGGCCGCACCGGUCGAGCAGGACGGUCAGGAGCAGCGCUUACCUUGGUCACCAGGGAGGACUGGAGGAUGGCGUCAGAACUGAUUUCCAUUCUGCAGAGAUCCAGACAGGACACGCCUGAGGAACUUGUGAUUAUGGCAGAGAGAUAUGAGAAGCACAAGAAGGAGAAAGAGGUGUACCGUCAAAGGGAGGGAGGAGGAGGACGAGGACGAGGGAGAAACUUGAGACCAGCCAUCAAAUUCCAUAUCAACAUCCUCUUCAUCUACCUAAGUCGCCAUCCUAUUCCAGUCACAAACCAGUUUAUGCCAACCGCCAAGUCCAAAGUCCAGGAAAUCGUUGUCAAAAGCCAAAAAACUACCACGCCCUCACAAUCCGUCUGA